UGUCGCAACAAACUUUUCAGUCUUUUUAGUUUUAUUCCGAAAAAUCUCGAACGAGUAAUAUGUACACCAUUAUAUCUGUAACGACAUGUUAUUUUGUUAGCUACUGUAUUGCACUCUUAAAAAUGGCUGCUUCGCCACGGACGCCACCAACAUCUCAGUGGCAAGUUGGCGAUCUGGUGCGAGUGGAAGGUAAAGAUUGUGAAGGGAAGAUUGCCUUUAUCGGGGAAACUAAAUUUGCGUCGGGUAUCGGGGUGGGUGUCGUGCUUCGUGAACCGAAAGGGAAAAAUAAUGGCACUGUUAAGGACGUGAAAUCUUUCGAAUGCGAGGAAAACUGUGGAACGUUCGUCCGCGAAAGUCAGGUAUUUGCGUUGACGAGCGAACGAAGAGGAUCUUCGGCCACCUCAUUGACUGGCUCCACAACAUCACUGCAGAGUUUGACUGAGAAGUCUGGAGGCUCAACGCCGUCCGAAGCCCAUACGACAAAAACGGAUAAGACUGCCGCCAGACCGAGUGUUAAGGGAUCUGCUGCGAAAGGUGCACUGCCUGCGCCGUCCCAGAGCGCCUCCAGAGUGCCUGCGCCUGGAUUGAAAGCGCCGCGUCCUUCCGCAUCUAUCCCUUCUGGUCUUUCCUCCGUUUCCGCAACCGAGUCGAGCAGCAAAAAACUUCCGACCUUUGCCCCUGUACUAGCCUCUGCCGUCGCCGCAGUUGAUUCUUCGCCACCGUUAGAGCAGCCGAGUUCGCCAGCCAAGAAUGAUCUCCCCAAGGAAGCUCCUCUCUCUUCCAGAGAGAUCUCCCAACCAGUCACAGCGACAGAACGCAAAGGAUCCUUGAAAACUGAAACUUCAAUCGACGCUUCGACGGUUAGCGAGACGGAAGCCGCACGCCCUGAACCAAAAGAGAUCGCGGUUGAUAUUCACAGAUUAAAACGGGACUAUGAGUCGGAGAACAACAAACUACGUCUUCAAAUCGAGCAUCUCGAGAUCAACAAGCAAAUGGCAGAAGCUCAUGGUGAGCUGCAGAAACAGUUGCUCGCUGCUCAGAAAGAAAUUCGUGAGGUCAAAGAAGCGGCGUCCACCCAGGAGGAUCUGACUGAGCUUCACGAAAACAUUGAGAUGUUGACCCUUGAUCGCGAGAUGGCGGAAGAAAAACGAGAACAGAUGGAACGGGAAUUAGAGGAUCUCAAAAUGAAAUACGAGGAUAAAUGUCUGGAUUUGGAGAUGUUACAGCAUCAGGUAUCUGAGGGAGGGCAUGGAGAAGCGUCCACGAACAUGAAAGUUGUGCAGCUAGAGAAGCAAAAACAGGAUUUAACAGAAGCCCUUUACAAGCUUCGAGAUUUGCUGGAUGGAAAAAAAUAUGACGUGCAACGGUUGGAAAAGGAUUUGAAGGCAGCGGAGGAACGAAACGAUGCCCUUACUGUUUCGGUCGAAAGACACCAGAGGGAAAUUGCUACUAAUGAAGAACUUCUAGUGAAUCUUCGUGAGCAGGUUGAUGCUGCUUUGGGUGCGGAGGAGAUGGUUGAGCGUUUAGCUAACCAAAAAUUAGAUCUGGAAGACAAAAUCGAAGAACUACGGGAUACGGUGAAGGAUUACGAAGAGAUAAUGGCUAUGAAUAAUGAGUUGAUUGAGUUAUCACACCAGACGGUGCAUAAAUUCCGUGAUUUGACAAAACAGCUGCAGGAAGAAAACAAUCGUAUGCGCGAGCAACUGCAACUGAGUGCUAACACGCCAACCCAAGCUGCUGUGGUGCCGGCAUCGGUCGAUUUCCGCCUGAAAAUCCAGGACGACAAAGUUAAUGCCGAACGAGUGGAUAGGAAAAUGCUGAUGAUCAAAGAGAAGAUGUUGCAGCAGGAACAAGCCUAUUUAAUGUUGUUCAUGCCUGACAUAUUCGCCAUCAGCCGUGAAGACAGUUUUAUCCGUAUCUGUGUUUUACCGGAACUGAUUGGUUUGAAACUGCGUUUGAUUGAAGAAGAAGUACAAAUGAAAUAUGAAGUUCCGACCGUUGUCGAUUUAUCUGCUGUUCAAAGCUUUGAUGCUCAUCGUCGGGAUGAAGUCGCCUAUGCGUCGUAUUUUAAUUUCCUGCUAAAGAUUCUAGAGGCGAAUGACCGAGAUAUCGACUAUGCGAUUCGCACCGCUCCGGCCGAAAUUUUUGGUAUGUUGAAUGAUUUGGAAGGCCGGGUGGAUCGUCCAGAGAAAGCCAUCCAGUACUAUAUUGAUCAGUUGCGCCAGAGUCGCUUGGAUGACACGAUCAGUCUCGAAUACUUGGAGACCUCAACCAAAGAUAUGGACGAUAUUUUAGAACGGUUGAAUGCGGUGGAAGCCAGUGCUCGCAGCAGUAUGGAUAAAAUGAAAGAUGUCAUGGAUAUUAUUGCUUUCGGGAUGAAAUCGAUUGCAGCCAGCGCGCUGGGGCUGAAGUUGUUGGCGGGAGCUACGGCUACAGAAUUUUCCAAAUUGUUUAUGGAGUUUGCUAAUAAAUCCGAAAUUGUAACAGAUAUUGUGCGCAAGGUGAAGCGACCACUGGACACCGACAAUGAACUGCGCGCAGUGAUGCUUUCGGAAACUGUCGAUGCGCAGCUGAAAGAUAUAGUGAACAAUCUGCACCGAUGUGUGGCACUGUGUUAUUUGUGGUAUCAGACCGUCAACACGCAGAACGCGGUUCACGCCAAGUGGCAUCGGGGUGGUGUUAAACUUCCGGAGAUGCCUAAACAUCCUUUGAAGGUUCGUGCGGAAACACUGAAGAAGGCGCUGGCCGAUGCGGAGGCACUGAAGAGCAGAUUAGCUACAAAGGAUAAGGAGAUCGUCGAACUUAAGAAAAAUUUGCGAUCGAAAGUGGAGGAAAUCAGCGAAUACCGCCUGCGCCGUGAUAUGACCGAGCGAAAACUGGAAACUGCAUCAAAACCGGAAGAAGAAAAAUUGUCCAAGUUGCAGGUGCAAAUUCUCGACCUGACCAGCAAACUGCACAAGGUGCAGAACGAGUACGACACGGAAACCGCUCAUCUGCGUAUUCAAUUGGAACAGUCAGAAGCGGAUAGGAAGCAAAUGGACGAGAAUCUGAAACAGACCAACCAGCAAACGCUUCCUUCGGUUCCUUGAGAUAUCGCCUCGUAAAACACCCGUUAGUAGGAGUUAGUACGAGUGGUUACCCAUCGGAUGGGCAGAUCGAUGUACUGCGGCAGAUUAUUUCUUCCUUGAGGGCGGAAAUUAUCACUCUUAAAGGACAGCAAAUUAAACAGGAUUUGGAUCAAUUACUUCCACCGCUCAAACCCCGUCGCGAGCAGUUCGAGAUCCUUUUACCGAGCGUCUGAAUAAGCUGAAGCGCCAACAGUUGGAACUGGAAACGGAGAACCGGAUGCUGUUGGCUAAAACUGUUGUUGAUUUGAGUAAACCACAGGAGGAGCGGGACCGUCUAAGGAAGUUUAGGAGGACAAUGGAUGCCGAAUUGCAGUUGAAAUUAAGAAAGAUUCAUACUGAGAUUUCCGAACUUUCUGGCCCCGCACGAUUUUUUGAAGAUCGUACUCUUACGGAUUGAGCGUUCUGUGUGCCGUUUAGUAAUUUUCUGGAUAGGAAGGCCACCGUUUUUAACCCAGUGAUGAAAGACGAAUGAGUUUUAUUGUUUCUAAACUGUACUAUGCGCUGGAUUAUUUUGUAUUUGUGCUUCAAGUUUUUAUUUGACGAACAUCGAAUGCGUCUGUAUAAAGUUGCUGUAAGCGGUAUUGCAGUGAUCUUCAUUAAGCUGUUUGCAGUUCAUAAUAAAUUAUGC